UUCAAAGAAACACCGAAUUAUCUUCUACACAAUGUUAGGGUUUUCAGAAUUACUACUCCCUUCUUUUAUUCUCACCGAUCACCUUUCUUGAAUUGAAGGAGAGGGCUUCAAAUAAUGCAAUUUUGUUACCUCAAUUCAAAUUCAAAGAACGAUACACUACAACGUCGCGGUUCAUCAAUUACUUCGUAUCGGCUAUAACGCACCAAACCCAGAGACAAUGGACAGUGUCGUGCGUCCACUGCAUGAUACUUUGUUCCUUCCAUUGCAUCACGCUCUCAAAUUCUGACCACAAUUUCCACCCAGUGAUCAAUUUCAUAGUUCCCCUUUGUCUCAGUUAAUUUUGGUUUUUCAUGGAUGGUGAUCAUAGCGAGUUAGGUAACAUGCGUGAAGAAAACAAUGAAGUUGGACUUGAAACUUCGAAUAAUUUGGACUUGAAUGUGGAGCAGAACUGUUGCAGCCCAAGCAUUGUUCAUGCUAAUGGCUCUCAAUCUGGUCUCACUUCAGCAAAUGCAUUCUGCAGCAGCACAAUAUUGGGAAUUGGUACGGUAUUUGAAUCUGAUGAACAUGCGUAUAGAAGUUAUAACAAGUAUGCCAAAUUGAUGGGUUUCAAUGUUAGAAAAGAUUGGAUAAAUAGGAGUAAGGUACAUGGCAUGGUGGUUUCUAGAAAAUUUACGUGUUCCAAAGAGGGAUAUCGUAGGACUGAUAGAAGAGAUUGUAAUGUGAAGAAGCAUCGAAAGGAAACUAGAACUGGCUGUUUGGCACACAUGAUCAUCACUCGUCAAUCAGAUGGAAAAUACCAUGUCACCCAUUUUGAAGCACAACAUAAUCACGAUGAUGUAAAUCCUAGCAAUGCUAACAUGUUAUUACUAGACUUGCAAAAUGAAAUUAAUGUUGCUCAAGCUGUGGAGGUUAUUGACUCAUAUGAUAGUUUGGGGCCAAAAUCUAGGUCGGCAUUAAAGAUGAUGAAUAAAAAAUUAGGUGCACGUGAUUCUCUUGAUCAACUUUCCGUGAAUUAUGACAAUUACCUUCAUUCUGUAAGGGGAAGAGAUAUGGCUAAAGGAGAAGCAGGGCGUUUGCUGGGUUAUUUUCAAAGACAACACUUUGAAAAUCCAACAUUUUUUUAUGCCCUACAGCUUGAUGCUGAAGACAAGGUAAGCAAUAUAUUCUGGGCUGAUGAUAAUAUGGUGGUAGAUUACGAUCAUUUCGGGGAUGUUGUUUGUUUGGAUACAACUUGCAGAACAAACAAAGCUCUUCGGCCAUUUGUACAGUUUUUAGGUGUUAAUCAUCAUAAACAAGUGUUAAUAUUUGCUGCUGCUUUUUUGUAUGAUGAGACUGUUGAAUCAUUUAAUUGGCUAUUACGAACUUUUAUUGGCACAAUGUCUGGGAAAAAACCAAAGGCCAUCAUCACAGAACAAGAUGCUGCAAUCAUCGAAGCUGUCAAUACUGUUUUACCCGAAACAAAGCAGUAUACAUGUGUAUGGCAGAUGUAUGAGAAUACUGUGAAACACCUCAGCCAUUUCGUUAAAGAUGCUAAAUCCUUUGCAAAUGAUCUAAAGUGUUGUAUAUAUGGUCCCAAGAAUGAGGAAGAUUUUACUCAUGCUUGGGAGGCUAUGCUGGAUAAAUAUAAUCUUCAUCAAAAUGAAUGGUUGAGAUGGAUGUAUAGAGAAAGGGAGAAAUGGGCUGUUUUCUUUGGUCAGAAUACAUAUUUUGUAGAUAUCAAAGGCUUUCAUUUAGGUGAGACUUUGUCUCUUAAGUUUAGAAAUCAUCUAAAUCCCGACCUUGAUGUAGUUCAAUUUUUUAACCAUUUUGAAAGGGUUGUAGAUGAGCAACGCUAUAAAGAAAUAGAAGCUAGUGAUGAAAUGAAGAGAUGUUUUCCGAAACUAAUGGGUAAUGUUGUUAUGUUGAAACAUGCAAGUGUUGCCUAUACUCCAAGAGCAUUUGAAGUAUUUCAGCAAAGAUAUGAGAAGUCUUUGAAUGAUCUUGUCAAUCUACAUAACAAAGAUGGAUCUUUGUUUGAAUAUAAAGUGAAUACAUUUGGCCAUGCAAGACAAUACAGUGUCACCUUCAAUUCUUUUGAUGAUACAGUUGUCUGCAGUUGUAUGAAGUUUGAGCAUGUUGGUUUUCUGUGUAGCCACGCACUGAAAGUUCUUGAUAAUAGAAACAUUAAAGUAGUUCCAUCUCGAUACAUCUUGAAGAGAUGGACCAAAGAUGCAAGAUUGGGAAAUAGCAGGGAGCUUAAGCAAUGUCAGAUGCAAGAUAACCCUAAGAUGGUUGUAGCAAGCUAUUACAAAGAUUUGUGUCACAGACUUGUCAAUUUAUCAGCAAGAGCUUCUGAAUCCGUGGAGGCUUAUCAAUUUGCCGCAAAGCAACUUGAUGAAGUGAUGGAAGGAGUGCAGAAAAUCUUGACAUUGAAAGGUGAUGAAGUUCAUGUUAUCACCUCAAAUAGUAUUCAUGUAGAUGCUUCAGAAAGUGAGCCCGCAGAGAUCUUUCCGAAUGGACAUGCAACUGAGAAUCAGGGUGAAAGUAACAGAGUAAGUGGAGAAAUUGUCAGGAUCGCUACACCAAAUAGGUGGCAAACAACGAUGAACUAUAACAAUCAAACUAAUUUAGAUAGGAUUUUAAACGUAGAACCUCCUCCAAAUACUGUUCUCUGCAUUUCAAGCCCCGCAUCUCCAUAUGUUUCCCCUCAAACCGGGACACCAAAUCCCCUUUUGCAGGACUUAUUCGGUUUUGAAGCCAAUCAAAUGGUUCAAUGUAUGUAUGAACAGCCUGAUCUUGUGUUGGACCAUCAAUCUGAUACUAACCUGUUUCCACCGCCAAACUUCUUUUCUAACCAACAGAGCUCUCCUUGCGGUACUCAACUAGCGCAGGAGCCUAUAAUCCCGAACACAUACCACGAGUCCAUGCCAAUCAAUAAUCAGAUGCGACAGGGGAUGGAUCUUGAUAUCCAACAUCCUCAUUCAGAAUCCCUUCUCUUGCUAUGUGACCAUAGAUACAGAAGGUCCGAUUCUGCGUAACGGAUUCGAGGACCGUGGUCGAAACAUAUCCUGAAUUGGCAAUGCCAUUGUUUUUGUUGUACAGUAAGGCUUGUUCUAGUCAAGUUAUCUAGUAGUAGCGUGUAAAUAUCGGAAAAAAAUGGUCGUCCUUUUUUUGUGUAAAUAACUACAUAUUCAUCAAUUAAUAUUAAAAGAGAUAUAUACACAACUUCUGCAAUGAAAAACAAAGUAAGAAAUAGUACAGCUCCUUCUGAAACAGAACAAUCUGUUUAACAUAGAACAUGUUCCGGAAUUAAAUUGAUUUUAUUUUUAGAAAAUUCUUAUUUGAAACAUUUAAAUUCAAAUCACUUUAUAUUCAAUUCACUUUUAAUUAUAGUUAAUUUACUAAAAAUUAAUUUUUUAAAAUAAGAGGCAUCAGCCUUUGAAACACAAGCACAUAUUUUGGAUUGACAAAGUUUCUCUCUUAGAUUUUAAGUAUCCUUACCUACUACAGUUAUAGCAUUAUAUUUCAGUUGUCAAAACAACCGAUUAUUUAGAGAAAUAAUCAAUUCUUGACGUUGAAUGUCUACAAUCACUGGUUUGUGAUAAUGGAAUAUGCAUGCAUCCAAACUAAAAAAUUAGAGUUUUCUAUAUGAUUAGACCUACAAAUCAGUCUGUUAGUGAUACUUAUAACUUUUGUUUUUUGUGGUUGACAGGAACUGCUUCAACUAUUAGUGAAACAAAAGAGUAUACAAACAAUAAGUUUAAACAUUGAAGGGUCAUUCCCAACAACUUCAAAGAGCAAAGUCUUGAUAAAUAUUCAACCUAAUUAUUAUUUGAAAUACACAUAAGUUUUGCAUAAGGGUAAGACAUCAAACCAAAUUCUAUAUCCUAACAAUCAAACAAUCAGCGGAUUCUAGUCUGCU